UAGAAAAAUUAUCAAUACUCCCAAGAAACUUUAGAGGCUGGACGCGUGAAGUAAACCAAACUCGAAUCCGCAAGCCUACAGACUUCUCAUCUCUUCCACCCGGCCUUCCGCUCGCUGUCUCCGUCCCCGCGCCGCCCGGCGGCACCGCCUCCUCCGCCGCCGCAUUGAUGAUCGAUUUCUGGAAGAUUGGUGGAUUUUGAGAUUUGGUUGAAGGAUGUGUAGCAUUCAGACAAAUAUUGGUUGCCCUAGCAAAGGACUUCCUUUGUUGGGUCCCAAUGGGAGGAAUGGAAGAAGUUACACUUCUUUAUCUCUAUCUUGUUUAUACGCUUCAGCUCCUGUGGAAUUCCAGCGAAAAAAGGUGUAUCCAAGGCUGGUUUAUAGUGCGCCGACGUCUAAAAGAUGUGAACCAGUUUGUGCGUUUGGUGCGAAAGGAAGCUCGAAGAGCCAAGAUGAUGCUUUUUCAAUGGAAUCCCUAAAGAAAGCUAUGGAAGGUGUGAAACAAGAGAAAUCGCUGCAAGAUAUGUUGAAGCAGCAGAUGCAAGACUGGAAAUUUGGGGGAGGUGGAGGCAAAGGAAAUCCUCCCAGAGGUGGUGGCGGCGGUGGCAGCGAUGGUGAUGGUGAGGGUGCUCCACAAGAUGAAAGUUCUGCAGAAACAUUUGAUGAAAUAGUGCAAGUGGUUUUGGCAACCAUUGGCUUUAUGCUUGUGUACAUUUACAUGAUCAGAGGUGAGGAACUGGCACUUCUAGCUAGAGACUACAUCAAAUAUCUUUUUGGGGCCAAGGAAACUAUGCGGUUGAAACGUGCCAUGGAUAAAUGGCACAAGUUUUGGGAAAAUAUAACCAGGAAGGAGGUGGUGAGUGAAGGUUGGUUGGCACGAGCGAUUGUUACUACGCCCACAUGGUGGCACAAACCAAAGCAGUUGGCACGUCUGGUGGAAUCUCUCUAUCGAGACUAUAAGAGACAACAAGAAAGAGAACAUGAAUCUUAAUAUCUCGGAUUCCUUUUUAAUACCUUUCUUGUUCCUCCCAAUCUUUCAAGCACAGUUUUUCAAGACCAUGUAUGGAUCUGCAUACUAGGUUAGACUUUGUCCAUAUGGGAAAAUGGCCUUUGUUGUUUUGGAGACUAUUAUAUGCUCGUUAUUGAGAUAGUUAAUCCAUUCACCUUAGUGCACGGACAAUCAAUGUUUUGUAGGAAAAUGCAUUGAAGAUAAGUUUGAUAUGCUUUUUCAA